UCCGAACAGACUACAACUGUGAAGUACUGGUAAGAACUCGCCACGGUCUGUCCUCGAAUGAACCACCUACAUGGCUUGCAUUCGAACCGCGUCCUCUCAUCAUCAGAAUCACGAGAUCACCCUCUGAAACCAAACGUCAGUUUGCUUUGCGGCCAAAGUCAGGGUGGGCGGAGUCUGCCACACCAGUAUUGUAUCGAGCAUUAUCUUGUUUAGGACAAUAGGCUCAGGAAGCUAUGCUAGGCCAGUUUUAGACGGUUGUCGCCUGUUAUCAAUUAUUAGUGGCAUACAAUCAUCGUAUGGGACUUUAUAGGCGCCCUCACGACAUGAAUGACCCAAUGGACCAAGCUGGGACAGACAUAAAGCCCAAAUUAGAGUUCCUGGCUCUUGCUGAAGAACUUCACUCUUACAUUCUAAGCUUCCUUCCUUGGCAAGAUAUUCUUCGUUGUACAUCUAUAUGCAGGGCCCUUCGGCAGAUAUACGUACUAUCCUCAGAGCUGCAGUACAUUGUAGAACUCGGCGGCCAACGACUACUCCCAGUCCCCAUCACGGAUCUUGGCAACCACACUCCUGUUUCUCAGCGCCUACAACUCCUGAGAGACAAAGCCCACGCAUGGCUGCAGUUUAACCUCCACGCUCGCUCUUUCCAAACACUCCCUAUACAGGAACAUUUCUAUGAAGUGAGGACAUAUAUCGCUGAUGGGCAUUUCUGUUCAUGGUACGAAGGUGAAGACUCGGGAAACUGGGCCAAGAUCAUUCCAAUACUGCCGAAUCCCUCACAGCAACCAGUCGAACGACAUUGGUUUUCAGGAUCGCUGUGUCCAGUUCCCAAUGCAUAUAUCGUCGAUGUGUAUAUGGACCCAGCACAAAACCUGAUCGCCAUCGCGUAUGCUGUCAGUCGGAAUAUGCUCCAGGAGGGGAGAUUCUACGUUGACCUUAGAGCCCUGGAUGGAGAUGGUAUUCACCCUCAAGCUGCUGGGCAAACACUGCUUCUGUCGGUGCUUACCGCACAAGAUAGCCAUGACUCAUUCACGGUGACGGAGAAUCUGAGGCUCAAGGGUUUUGGGAGGUAUCUCGCUCUCCAGUGCUCCCCAAUGUUUGAUGAUCCGACCAACACAUCUCGAGUCAUCUGGUGGUUGCAACUUUGGGACUGGCAACACUCAACAACGUCCAAUUGCAACCUCAGUGAUGCAAUGUCACAUUUCGAAGAUUCGAUCGAUUUUUGCUUUGUUGGAAACAAUAGGUUGCUGAUGCUCAGCGAUAAUUUCAAGCUUUAUUCAAUCGAGGAUAUGUCCCGGGAACCGCAUUUACUGGCAUGCUACUCGUUGCCUUUUCCAGUGGAGCAUAAAAAGUGUCUUUUGCCCAUCGAUGAUAUUGCGCACGGCUCGCAAUUGCAUAUGCGAGCCCAACAAACGAUGUGGACUUCAGACCCUGAACAUCGAGUGUUAUGCUACGCCACGCUCUGUCCACGGCUCGUCUUCGUCAUUUCCACCAGCAUUUUCUUCGAUUUUGACUCGGAGCACGUUGGUGAAAAGGCGGUGACAAUACCAUGGCAAAAUUGGGGCCCCACAAAUAGCCGCGUGUUCCCAGAUUCCUGGAAAGUCUACGUCAGCGGGAAUCGAGUUCUACAGAUAUUCCCCACAGGCACCGGGUCCCGGUAUAGAUUACAUAUGAUGGACUUCAGUCCGUUGGCUGUUGAACGCCGGCAGGGUCUAGGACGAGUGGUGAGAGAGCCGUCUGAAACAGAAAUUCGUGAUUCCAGAAAGACGUUAACAACAUCUCUGCCUUAUGUCGAGGUUGUGUCCGAUAGAGUCUUCGACAUCAUGGAGUCAAUCGAAAUGUGGGUCGAUGGGGACAGGAUUUAUUUAGCCAAGAUGGUAGACUCGGCGGAUGACGAUGUAGGUUUCUCUUGGAAGCCCGCUGUAUCGAUACUGAUUUUAUUUAGCCUGAGGAUCUAAGGAUGGACCGGCUCGAAGUCAUCGAGAUGUCGACCUGUCGUGACCGUAGUAUAGGCAUCCCUGAGCCUGUGUUUGAGGCAACCCCAAUAGAAAGCAGUUGAAGAUGGUAUAGUUGAUUGUUGUAAUGCUUGCAGUAUGUUGCGUAUAAAUAAUGAUAUUGACAAGUUGUUGGCAGCAGCUAAGGACACCUCGUGUACUUAAUAUCUAGGGUAAUUGAAAAGCUGAUCCCAGAAAUCAGCAUGAGAUGUAAGUUCUCUGGUCUGGACUCAACAAUCCCAUCUCCCUCGCCAUUAUCUGUAACGCAAGGAAUUGGGAGUAGAACCGUGCAGAAAAUAGAUCGCCCUCCGCGAACCAGAG